UAUAUCUAUCUAAGUAUGCAGAAAUAGUAAACUAAGCAAUUGUUACGCAAAAUUCCUCGAUGAUAUAAUGUAGUAACAUCCAUAUGAAAUUACUAAAAGAUAAUAAUUAUUACUGCUAUCGUUUGUACACAGGAAAAUUAAGUAACGCUUAAGUAUAUAAAAGUAUUUUUACUUGAAAACAAACAUUGUACAUAUAUUUUUAGGGGAGGUGAAACAUUUUGUGUUCAAUCAUGUCUAAGUUUUCUUUAAUCUUAGUUUGUGUGGCCGCUGUUUUUGUCACGCAACCAGUAUCAGCCACAAGCGUGCAACUACCAGCCGUCUACCCGUUAGUCAAUAUCUUACUACCUCUUCUAAACAACGUAUACAACCUCCUUCUAUCCCUUCUCUCAAUCUUCGAUACCCUUCCAGCCAACAUCAGCUGCAUGAUACCCGUAGACCUUGGAGCUUUAGAAACUUCUUUACUCAAACUAUAUUCUCAAGCCUUAGCUAUAGUGAAUUUCUUAAGGUCUUUACCUGAGUACGCGGUCGGAGCUAAUCCCAACACGCCGCCAGCAAAUGUUGUCAACCUACAAGGAUUGUUGACAACACUCAUUUCGUCAGUGACAGAUUUGACAGAUGACGUUUUGACAGGCAUCGGUGGUUCGUUGUUGCCGGGGUUGUUGAAGUUGGUUGUCAUGGUUGUUGAGGCGUUGUUGAGUUUGUUGUUGUAAGUUGUUGUGUUUAAUAAAGGGUGUUGUUGAGUGAUUUUUUGGUGUUUUAUUUUUUAUGAUUUUUGUUAAUUAUGUUCACUAUAAAUUGACGAUUAUCGUAGAUACUGCUACGUACCUUCCAUAAUUUGAAAGCGAAGAUGUUAAUUAAGAGUGGGUUACAUAUACAUUUAACUUUAACGAUAACUAAAC